CGCCCUAAAUAGCAUAAAACAAAGUCGUGAAUAUUUCAGUAAAACUAAUUAGUUUAAGUAUCAGUUGCGCUCAAAGAUUAAAACAUAUAUUGUUGAAUAAUGAACAAUUAUUGCAUUAGAGAUGGAAAUUCGACUUUGCAUUUUAAGGAAAGAGGAAGUUCUUCGACACUUAGACAAAUAAAAUCAUCCACAACACUUCUAUGUGAACUAACUCGGCUUAAAACCCAGCAAAAAUAUCUUGAAUGUAGCGAAGUAAAAGUAAAUAUCACAAACAAUAUAGCGAGUUCAUCAACAACACUAUCAAAUCAAUGCGAUUCGGCAACCCAUGUCGCUAAUGAAAUCCAGCAAUUGCAAAUACAAUUGGAGGGAGAAUUAAAUGCAUAUCUUCAACAAUCUCGUACAACUGCUAAUGACAUAUAUUUAAAAAUAAAGGAAAUUAAUGAAAAUAUGCAAUCAGAACGCUUAGCCGAAUUUUCUGUAUCGGAUUUGAGGAACCAAAUUUCUUGUGUAAAUUCAGAUAUCGAAUCUUUAAAAUUAAAAAAUUUUAAUGAAUUGUCACUUUUACAAAAAAAGUUGUGAAUAAUAAUUGUCAGAUUAAAAUAAAAUCAGGAUGCACUA